UUUCCAAUAAUUUCGUCAGCAACGUACCAUAUGUGAAUUUAAAGAUAAAGGUAUUAAACUAUAUUGAAAGGCCAGGAAAAAUAUUGAUAAUGGCGAAUUUGCAAGAGAAAAAGGAUCUCAUCACUCGUAACUUACAAGAGGUAUUAGGCGAUGAAAAGUUAACAGAGAUCUUAAAACAACGAGAUCUGAAAAUUUACUGGGGUACUGCUACUACUGGACGCCCUCACGUCGCCUACUUUGUUCCUAUGUCCAAGAUAGCUGAUUUUUUAAAGGCAGGCUGUGAGGUUACUAUUUUAUUUGCCGAUUUACAUGCUUACCUAGAUAACAUGAAGGCACCUUGGGAAUUACUGGCUCUAAGAACUGAAUACUAUGAAGCAGCAAUCAAAGCUAUGUUAACUUCAAUAGGAGUUCCAUUAGAAAAGUUAAAAUUUGUGAGAGGUACAGAGUACCAACUAAGUAAAGAAUACACUUUGGAUGUUUAUCGAAUGUCAUCUGUCAUAACUGAGCAUGAUGCUAAGAAAGCUGGUGCAGAGGUAGUGAAACAAGUUGAACAUCCAUUAUUGAGUGGCCUCCUGUAUCCCGGUCUACAAGCUUUGGACGAAGAAUAUCUAAAAGUUGAUGCUCAAUUUGGUGGUGUUGAUCAGAGGAAAAUAUUUGUUCUGGCAGAAAAAUAUUUGCCACAGUUAGGAUAUGCUAAAAGAGUGCAUUUAAUGAAUCCUAUGGUUCCAGGACUAACUGGAGGGAAAAUGUCAGCUUCUGAGGAAGAUAGCAAAAUUGACUUGUUAGAUAACCCAGCUAAUGUUAAAAAGAAACUUAAGAAAGCAUUUUGUGAGCCUGGUAACAUCACUGAAAAUGGUGUAUUGUCUUUUACAAAGCAUGUAAUUUUUCCAUUAAUGAAAGCAGACGAAAAAUUUGUGAUAAGUAGAGCAGCAGAACAUGGUGGCAAUGUUGAAUUUGACAAUUUUGUUGAUUUAGAAGCUGCAUUUGCAAAACAAGAUAUUCAUCCAGGAGAUCUUAAGGCAACUGUCGAACAGGUAAUUAAUAAACUUUUGGCUCCUAUCCAGGAAAUUUUCAAGGAUCCCAAACUUCAGGAGUUAGCUAAGAAAGCCUAUCCGCCUCCAACGAAGACUAAGGCAAACCCCCCUGCAGGUUAUGAUGAAUUAGUACCAAGUAGAUUAGAUAUCAGAGUAGGCCGUAUUGUUGAAGUAUCGCAGCAUCCUGAUGCUGAUGCUUUAUAUGUAGAGAAGAUAGAUCUGGGUGAAGAUGAACCUAGAACAGUGGUAUCUGGUCUUGUUAACUUUGUACCUAUAGAAGCAAUGCAGAAUAGAGAUGUUGUAGUUUUAUGCAAUCUAAAGCCAGCAAAAAUGCGAGGAAUUGAGUCCAAAGGUAUGGUCCUGUGUUCAUCUGUAGAUGAACCUAAACAAGUAGAGCCAUUGCUUCCUCCCAAAGACAGCAAACCAGGAGAUAGAAUUGUUGUUGAGGGUUAUGAAACAGGUGAACCUGACGAUGUCUUGAAUCCUAAGAAGAAAGUCUGGGAGAAAUUACAGGUUGAUUUAAAGACAAAUGAUAAUUUAAUAGCUGUGUGGCAAGGAAAUAAACUUAUAAGCAAAGUAAAUGGUAAUCCAGUUAGUACUUAUACCAUGAAAAAUGCACCAAUUAAGUAAAUGAUAUAUACUUUUAAGUAAAAAUACAAUAUUUUUAUUUUAAUAUUUUCUUAUUAAUUUUACAUGCAUUUUGUUUACAUUUGUUUAGAUUUAGUUAUGCGUUUCGAAUAUAUUUUUAUUCAUUAUUUUUUGUAUUUAUGAUUUACAUAAUUAAGCAAAUUAAAUGAAACUUGGGAUAACUUGU